CUGAGCUGGGCCGGGCUCCUGGCACAGAGGUAGCUCCUGGCAAGGGCAGCGCUGCAGAGAGACAGCUCUGCCCAGGAGCAGCUCCUGAGCACAGCCCAGCAGGGCUGGGGCACUGCCUGCAGCCACCCCGGGCACAGCACACGGGCACAGAGAGCUUCAAUCACUCAGGGCUGGGAAGGAGCUGAGAAGUGACUGAGGGAGAAUCACUCCCAGCCCUUGACACAGGAACCUCUGGCUGCAGGACAAGGCAGCUGCAGCUCCUGCAGUGAUCUCCUAAAGCUGCAACAUCCCAAUGCCUACAGACUCUAUCUCCAUGUCCAGCAAGAGCAAAUGUCCAACAGCAGCUCCAUCAGCCACUUCCUCCUGCUGGCAUUGGCAGACACGCGGCAGCUGCAGCUCCUGCACUUCUGCCUCUUCCUGGGCAUCUCCCUGGCUGCCCUCCUGGGCAACGGCCUCAUCAUCAGCGCCGUAGCCUGCGGCCACCACCUGCACACGCCCAUGUUCUUCUUCCUGCUCAACCUGGCCCUCACUGACCUGGGCUCCAUCCUCACCACUGUCCCCAAAGCCAUGCACAAUUCCCUCUGGGACACCAGGACCAUCUCCUACACAGGAUGUGCUGCACAGCUCUUUUUCUUUUCCUUCUUUAUGACAGAAGAUCUUGUCCUCCUGACCAUCAUGUGCUAUGACCGCUACGUGUCCAUCUGCAAACCCCUGCACUACGGGACCCUCCUGGGCAGCAGAGCUUGUGCCCACAUGGCAGCAGCUGCCUGGGCCAGUGCCUUUCUCUAUUCACUGCUGCACACGGCCAAUACAUUUUCCCUGCCCCUGUGCCAUGGCAAUGCCCUGGGCCAGUUCUUCUGUGAAAUCCCACAGAUCCUCAAACUCUCCUGCUCAAAAUCCUAUCUCAGGGAACUUGGGCUCAUUGCAAUUAGUUCCUCUUUAGCAAUUGGAUGUUUUGUGUUCAUUGUUUUCUCCUAUGUGCAGAUCUUCAGGGCUGUGCUGAGGAUCCCCUCUGAGCAGGGACGGCACAAAGCCUUUUCCACCUGCCUCCCUCACCUGGCUGUGGUCUCCUUGUUCCUCAGCACUGCAGCAUUUUCUCAUUUGAAGCCCCCCUCCAUCUCCUCCCCAUCCCUGGAUCUGGCCCUGUCAGUUCUGUACUCAGUGGUGCCUCCAGCCCUGAACCCCCUCAUCUACAGCCUGAGGAACCAAGAGCUCAAGGCUGCAAUGUGGAGACUGAUGACUGGAUGGUAUCAGGGGCAUUAA